AGCAAAAUGGGGGAUGGCGACGAGAGCUCGACACGAAGAAACGCUUGGAAGCACCAGCGAUUCCUCUGUCUCGCGUACUACGUUUCGCUUCCAGAGUAGUCACCGCAAGACAAGACACGCAAAAACUAAAAAUAAAAGACAAGCAAGGACAAGGUGCUGAAGUUUCUACUCUCCAGUGUCCAGUACACAAGUCCCACUUUCCCAUCCGCCUUAACUCGGAUCCCUCACGGGCCGCGAAUUCAAUUCACCACGCUCGUACCGUACCGCAGUGCAGCGAAACGCGAAUGGCCGGCGGCGGCGGCGGCGGCGGCGGAGGAGGAGGAGGCAAGGCGGGAAUGUCCCCGGCCAGCGGCGGGAAGCGGGUGAGGGAUCCUGAGGACGACAUUUACGUCGACAACCUCCACUCCCACAAGCGGUACCUCAGCGAGAUAAUGGCAUCAAGCUUAAACGGGUUGUCUGUUGGAGAUCCACUUGCUGAUAAUAUCAUGGUAUCCCCAGGAAGGCCUGAAAAUACUUCUUACGUCAGGGAUGAAAUGAUCUCGCAGUACUCACCCAUGUCAGAGGACUCUGAUGAUUGCCGUUAUUAUGACUUAACUGCAAGCACUAACGGAAGCCUAACAGAUGUGAUGCGCAGUCCUUCAAGUAGUCCAAUUUCAUCUCCCAACCGUUUCCAAAAGCCGCAUGCUGGGUUCUCUUCUGGAAACCCAUACCCUCUCUUGGGCUGUUCCUUCUCAGCAGUUGUCUGCUCAAAUGCUCGCCCUGGUACUGAAUCUGAACUGCGUUUCCCACCUUCGCCAAAUGACAUGUGCCAUGGAGGAGAUCUGAGGCGAACCGCUCUUCUGAGAUCAGUGCAAAUGAGGGUGCACGGCCCUCAUUCGUGUGAAUUGUCGUCCAGUGGAACAGACGAAGCAGAACUGGACCCUGCUCAUAAACACUUGGACGAGGUUGAACAUGAGUACAAACAUGUAGGGGUGGUCGAAAUGGAGGGAAGAUCUUUGUCGUGUCCAAAAUCGGCCCCGGAUGAAGCCAAGUUCAAGAGCGCUAAGCACGUCUCCCAAGUUUCAGAUCAUGGUAUCGAUGUUGUCGCUCAAUGCUCAUCAGACUUGUGACCUAUGGUAUGUUUAACCACGACAAGAUCUCUGGUGAACUCUCUGUCAAUGUGGAUGUGCAUAAGUAAAGGUAGCAGGUAACAGGUUAAUUUAGUAAGUUCUAACUCAGUUUCAUGAUGGCAUGUUAACGUCCUCCAUCGUGUUCUAAUUCUGCAUCACUACAGCAUUGUGACAUCUAAGUGAACUUUGAUAUAUCUAUGUAAACUUGGAUCCCUUGCAGCGACACACAAACUGGAAUAUCUUGUUUUAUGUAUCUGCCAUGAAGGCAAUGCAACAAAUUGGACCGAA